AUGAUUUCGUCAGGCCUUCGCGAUACCUUUCGAUAUCUGGUCCAGAACAAGCAUGUCUCUGCCAUCGUAACCACGGCAGGCGGCAUCGAAGAAGACUUGAUCAAAUGCUUGGCACCAACAUACCAUGGCUCUUUCUCAACCUCCGGCGCCGUUCUGCGGUCCAAGGGUCUGAAUCGCAUUGGCAACUUGGUCGUGCCCAAUAACAACUAUUGUGCUUUCGAAGAUUGGGUGGUUCCCAUACUCGACGAAAUGCUGGAGGAACAAGAGACGAAUUUCAAGAAGACGGGUGAGAGGUACAUGUGGACACCAUCCAGGGUAAUUCACCGGCUUGGCAAAGCGAUCGACGACGAGUCAUCGGUGUAUUACUGGGCAUACAAGAAUGACAUACCUGUCUUCUGUCCUGCCUUGACCGACGGAAGCCUGGGCGACAUGUUGUAUUUCCACUCCUUCAAGGCGUCACCUCUGCAGCUCAACAUCGACAUUGUACAAGACAUACGAAGGAUCAACACUAUGGCGGUGCGAGCCAAACGGGCCGGCAUGAUCAUACUAGGUGGAGGGGUGGUCAAGCACCAUAUUGCCAACGCUUGCUUGAUGCGGAAUGGUGCGGAAAGCGCAGUGUUUGUCAAUACGGCGCAAGAAUUCGAUGGCAGCGAUGCAGGGGCUCGACCUGACGAAGCAGUCAGUUGGGGCAAGAUCAAAGCAGAUGGCGAGAGUGUCAAGGUUUAUGUCGAGGCCACAGUCGCAUUUCCUCUUAUUGUCGCGGCAACAUUUGCAACGGGCUGA